UGUACCGUGUGGAUUCCACUUCCUCCGAGCCGAACAGAAAUUCUCGGACACACGGAGCACACGGAGCACACAGCGCACAACACCCAACGAGUGCGAACCCAAGCAUUGCGCAUACGACGUGUGGGCCGAGUGGCACAAAUAAAUAGUUCACAUUUGUUUUGCUGCCGUUUUUUGUUUGUUUGGCCCUGUGUUGGCGAUUGUUGUUGCUGCUGCUGCUGCCUGCCACCGGAUUUGUUUAUUUUUUUCACAGUGAUUUUUUUUUUUGUUGCCAGUGUGUGCGCAAGUGUGCGUGUGUGUUAUUGUUAGUAUCCAAUGUGUUCUUGCCGUUUUUAAACAGUGAAUCGCCGCGAAUUGGAGCCUUGUGAUUGCCCCAUUCUUAUCAGCAGUUCCCUGAAUUGCGAUUGUGAUUGCGAAUUUCUCGCUUGACAUGUAGCUGCGAAUUCUGGGCGUGUUUGUCGCUGUUCGGUUGGUCGGUUGGUGGGUGGUUGUGAGCGGCGUAAAAGGGGGGACAAGGAUCCGGAAUCGGUAUCGGUGAGUACAACUUACAUAUACAUAUGUAUGUACAUUUAUACAUUUGUUGAGCAAACGCAGCAAAUGAUUUGUUUACAUUCAAACGAAUGGUUCUGAAAAAUGAGAAAUAUGCGAAAUGUACUAUAAGCGAUUCGAUUUCUUUCGCCGCAAGAACAUUGUUUAUUUGAUCGCAUGCAUUGUUUCAUCGCACAUUGCCCCAUUGCUGUGUUUAUUUUUGAUUAUUCUGCACAUUUGUUUGGCUUUGGUCUAGCAAUCAAAAUGCAUAUUCAUUGGGUGAACUGCCCCUUCCACAUUCGUUUGGGGGCUCGGUAACCGCUCUUGCAAGCAUUAUGUAAACCUGUGGGCUGGGCCACCGAUUCCACCUGCGAUGCCAACGUUGUUUCCGAGUUUUGGGUUCUCUGGGUUUUUUCCUUUUUUUUUUUUUGUAUUUCCUCCCAUUAUGUUGGCUGCGCUAAUGUGCUUGGCUUUUGUCUGAUUUAUGCCGCAAAACAAUCAAAUUAUUGCCAGCCAACCCCUUCUGACCGCCGCACAUCGGUGCCGCGAAGCUGGUGGUGCUCAUUUUUUAUGAUAUCUCUCUAUUUCCCUUUUGCGGCCGCCGAGCCAUUUCAUUAUAUAGUCUCUAGCAUGCACUGAAAAAAAUAUAAAAUCAUCAAAAUCAUCAAACUCAUUGCAUAUUUUGUGAUAAAAACUGAAUGGUAGUUCUAAAACUACAUAAAACCUAUUAUAUAUGAUUAAUAACAUAUUAGCUAGCUAAUUUUUUGUUUCUUAUAUUAGCUAUUCCUGAUCACUUGUACAUAAGCGCUAGCCAGAAAAAUCUAUGGAAAUUACACUCUCGCUAAUUUCUCGCAGUGCACGUUCAGCUUUCCUAUUUUUUAUGCCGCUCUCCUUUUUUCCGCCUUGGGUUUUGUUUUUGUUUGCGUCUUGUUUCAGCGCUGAACUAGUUUUUGGCCCACCACCAUUCAGCACCGCGAUUUCCUCGAAGAGGGUUGGGUGGCUCGAGAAGUUCCGGGGCUGUUCGCUGGUGUUCGUUGGACUUCCGCACUCUUCCGGGGUGGAGAGCCGUAUGUCUUAUAUCAUCAUACAGCGGCUUUUCCGCCGGCAUCCGAUGGGGCAGAGUUUAUCGGUGGCUCAAGGAUCCGUUUGGCCAAGGACGAGUAUCCUUCGAACACCCCUCGCCGCCUUUUUGCCCAGCUGUUGCAUAAAUUUUCGCAUUUAGCUGCUUGUCUUUCACAUGUGUUUGUGUGUGUGUGUGUGUGUGUGCGUAUGUGGGCCUAACAUGUGUGUGUGUGUGAUGGGGUGUCCUUUUGCGGAUUUCGUGAGCGUUUUAUGCAGCUCAAGGAAUUCCGUUGAAGGCAUGACAAGGCUUUUAUUCUCUUAUUCUCAUUCCCCCCCUCGAAUGCCCUUUUUUUGAAGGGGUAUUUAAGGCUUUGUGCAGAAUAAGUCGGUUCUUAUCUCAACAGGUCUAGAUUAUCUCUUAUCAUUGUCUAAAAGGGUACUUGCCAUCCUAAUGCAUUAUUUAUAAGUACUAAAUAGAGGUCUAGAAAUAUUAAUAGUAACAAUUCUAUAGUAAUCUGAUAUUUUCCUAAUUUUAAUAUUGGAUGAAGAGCUACACGCCUAAUGAUUUUGGACUGAAUGAUGAUGAUUGGUGUUUAGUCAUCGAAGACCUUUAUCAACGCGAAUGACAAGUUAUCAAUCAUUCGAGGACGACCCCAAAAAUUAAAUGAGAGUACGCUAUUCUUGUGCUACGCUGGUCUGGAAUAACUUGCCUUUUGGUGGCUUUUCUUUUCGCAAUUUUCAUUUGCAACCCAAACUGAAGUGCGCCCCAUUUCCGCCGCCAACUGUCUGACUGACGGACUUGCGAGUUGUCGGGGUUACCGAUUCCAUUCUGGGCGGGGAAGGUGGGCAAAUGGUCCCAUUUCGGCCAAGUCAGUCAUGUUAGCCAAGCGGCUUCUGCUAGCCGCACCGCACCGCCCCGCCACCUGGUCUGCUGUUUUUUGUUUCGUUGUCAUAACAAAAUAAACAGAAAAGAAAGAAAAAAAAAAUUAAUUCCACGCUUCCUUGUCGCUCCUGUUCCUGGCCAAAAUACACAGAUAAUUGGCUUCAUUAAUGCGAACAUGUUCAUUUGAAUUAUUUUUACAUAAACGAGCAACGCUCAACGAUGCCAGCGGCAAUCCGCAGCUAAUAAUAAGCCCGAUGGUAAUCCCAAUUUCAGUAAUGCAAAGACGGCGAUAUGGCACUACAAGGCUGGCGCUUUUUCGGUGUCUCGGCAACCAUCAUCAUCUACAUCGGCGGCGUCCUGUUCCUCUCCAUGAACAACAUACCCGGAUCGCAUCCCAAAAGACCGCGCAUCGAACGUUUCGCCGAGUUUCCCAGCUUUCAUAGUCCUCGGUUUCCGAUGCCCAGCCGCAAGAUGACGAUACGCUGGUGUCGCGACCUCAAGUACAUAAAUCGAGAUCUUCCAAUCUACGCGGAUUACAAGUCCGACUUCUACACGGCCCUGCCCAGUGACGUCAGUGCUGCCCUGCAAUCGCUGCCAGCGUUGACCGCCCUGGCCAGUUUUCCUGGCAGCGGUAACACGUGGCUAAGGUACUUGCUCCAGCAGGCCACCGGCAUCCUGACGGGCAGCAUCUACAAGGACUACGGCCUGCUGAAGACCGGCUUUCCGGCGGAGAACGUCUGCAACAGUUCAGUAUUAUUGGUGAAGACCCACGAGUGGGGCAGCAAAGCGUGGGCGCCCUUCUCGAAAGCAAUUCUUCUCGUCCGCGAUCCGGAGAAAGCGAUCAUCGCGGAGUUCAAUCGCCAGAGUGGCGGUCACAUCGGAUUCGCAUCACCGGAUCGCUACAAGCGCACCAAGGGAAAAUACUGGCAGCAAUUCGUGAGCAACAAGCUCAAGGGCUGGGAGAUGAUGAACCUCAGCUGGGCGCGCAACUUCACGGGCAGCAUCAAGGUGGUGUUCUACGACGACCUGGUCCACCAUACGGAGCGGGAGCUGCGCUCCAUUCUGGACUUCCUGCAGUUCCCCAUCAACGAGCAACUGAUGCGGUGCGCCAUUAUGCGGAAGGAGGGCAUCUUCCGGCGGAAGAAACGUCUGUUAUCUUUCGAUCCCUAUACGGAAUCCAUGAGAGCGGAGGUGCAGAAUCGACGGCGCAUCGUGUACGGAUUGCUGGGGCGUCAGGAGCCGUAGAAUAUGCAUAGGAUUAUCUAUCUAUAUCUACAUUUAUCUAUAAGAACUAUGGGCAACGAGAAGGGAUAUCGAAUUCGUACCACCAAAAGGAACUAAUUGAAAGCAGAGAAAAACUGAAAAGCACAAUUGCAACGACAACGAGGCACAAAGCAAAAGGAAUUGCAACCGAGUAUUCAAAUCAUCCCCAAAAUCAUCACGACUCGUAGGACCAUAGAUCUCACUGGGGGUCAGCAAACACAUACAUACAUACAUACAUACAUAGGUAGUAAUGCCCCAGCAUGUAGUCCCGUUUUUCCAACCAGAUCGUUCCCAAUCGUUUGCUGCUCGCUUGGCGCAUUAGUUCAAAUUUGUUAUGUUCAAACAUUAGAUAUGGUAUUUUAUAGAGACGCAUAACUUUAGGUUGAUAUAUGUACGUACUCGUGUGUACGUAUUUGGUAUAGGCUAUACAACAAGGUAUUAUGAUUCCUGAUCGAAUUUAUGAAAUUCAUUAUAGGCCAUGUUGUGCUUCAUCGCUCACCAAAGCUCAACUCAUCCGCAACUUAUCCUUUGGUCACGUUGAGGUCCCAUAUUAGAAUAUCCUUGUAAAAAGUUUUAUACACGACUCUACAAUAACUUGUGAAAUAUUAACAACGGAGCCUAUUAGAUAAUUGUACAAAAACGAAAACCAAACCAAACAAAUCGAAUGAGAAACAAUGAAGUGGAUUU